AUGCGUGCUUGCGAAGAAAGAGAGUCAACGUGGACCGAAUUAGUUGACGGUAGCGAGGCUAGGCUAGGGUUGGGUUUGUUCCGAUUUCGUCCUGGGCUGGGGAACACACCAAUAUUUUACAGUGAGCAUUCAGCCGUCUUCCAAAUCUUUCCACUUACUGUUCAGGUGAAGCAAAACAUUGGAAUUGUGACAAUGGCUAGAGGGGUGCCCGAGAAUCCUUCUGAGCAAGGGAUUGCUGAGGCUUCAACUAGCAUGUGCAUUCCGGAACCAGAAGAACCUCAGUGCUCUAUGCGUAAGUGGUAUUUUACAAGACAGGAAAUAGAAGAUCAUUCUCCAUCUCGGAAGGAUGGCAUCAGCCUGAAGAAAGAGUCACAAUUGCGGGAUUCCUAUUGCUCAUUUCUUCAAGCCAUUGGGAUGAAGCUUAAAGUAUCUCAAACGACUAUAGCAUGUGCAAUGAUGUUGUGCCACCGGUUUUACAUGCGUCAGUCUCAUGCUAAGAAUGGUUGGCAGGUAAUUGCAACUGCAAGCUUCUUUCUUGCUUGCAAAGUACGAGACACACCAUGCUUUCUGAAGGAUGUUGUUGUUGUGGCAUAUGAGAUGGUGCACAAAUUGGAUCCUUCUGCCUUACAAAGCAUCAGACAAAGAGAAGUUUUCAAUAAGCAAAAGGAAUUGAUUAUAGUUGGGGAGAGACUUCUUUUGUCCACAAUUGGUUUUGAUCUUGACAUCCAGCUUCCAUACGCAUCACUUGUUGCAGCUUUAAAGAGUUUAAAUAUUCUCCCUGACCUUGCUCAGAUGGCGUUGAAUUUUGUUAAUGAUUGUGUCCGAACAUCACUGUGCUUGCAGUACAAGCCCCAUUAUAUUGCAGCUGGUUCAGUGGCUCUUGCUGCCAAAAUUCAGAAAGUGAAAUUACCUACACAGCAGGGAAAAGUUUGGUGGCUUGAGUUUGAUGUUUCGCCGAAGCAGUUAAAUGAGGUCAUUCAGCGGAUGAUGAGGCCAGACAGAAAACAAGCUCUAGCACCUGAAAAUGGGAGAGUCAUUGAAUCUGAAACUAUACCGAGAAAGCAAAGUGGUGUUGAUGAGGAUGGUAGUGCUCAGAUUAAACAAAUCAAAGGAGAAUUGGAUGAUCGGAACUCAAGAUGCAAGACUGAUUCUGUUCAUAAUAACUGUGUUAAGAUUGAUAUUAACCGGAUUAGAGAUGCUAUAAAGAGGAAAAGAUGUGAAAGAAGUGUAAAUAAGAAGGUGGUGCACGCCACAGAUGAUGAGAUAGAUACUGAAGCCUGGAUAGAAAGUGAGCUCGAAAAUGGAGUAGAGCUAGAAGAUACAUCCGCAAAGAAGAAACAAAGGUUGUGA